CUAAUCCGGCGUGCACGCACCGACUAUCUAUCGUCCACUCGUAAACAUGGCCACGUAGUUGACAAUAUGCACCACUGCGCUGGCGAACAGGGUGGAAAAGGGACAAUAAUUAAAAUGCGGCCUUGACUGCGCUCUCAGACUCUGAGUUUUUUUCCUGCACAAAGGGGUGUUCGCUUUUUGGAGUUCUUCCUAAAAAAAUAAAAUCGACACUGGAAAAGAGAGAGCGAUUUGUGUCGCGCAACGUUCGCGCAAGAACAGAAGAAAUGAAGAUAACGCGCGAGUUAAACAACGCACAAACGCAGAAACGUGAAAAGAAAAUUUAAGACCCAAUUGCGUAUCGCGUAUAUUCUGCGCCACAAUGUGUUAAUUUUUAUCCGUGACAUAUUGGAAUUGAACGAAGAAUGAAAGACAAGAAUGUUAAGUGCGGCGGCAACAGCAAGAUAGAAGUAAAUUUAAUGAACGUUAAAUGACAAUGAUGCUCUUCACUGAUAAAUAAGUAAUAGAGAAUAUGGAGUAGAGAUAGAUAUAUAUAUACAUAUGUAUAUAUAUAUAUCUAUUGGAAGUACAAGAACAGUAGGAUUUAAAAGUUGAUUCUAAUAAAUAGAAAGUUUGUAUAUCUAAGGGAACACAUUAAAAAAAAAAACAAUAUUAUCGACGAAUUGUUAGCCAGGAAUUGAUCUCCCGAACUUGAGAAGCAGAGCGAUUGAUUUCUUAAUGUAUUUCUGGACAAUCAACAAGCCAACAGGCAGGUAUUACGGCUAUACCUGCCGCCGUUUUCCUGCCACAUCAGUGCACAAAACACAUUUUGAUCGACGAAUCGAGUUUAGACAGUCGGCGCAUCGAUUCCAGGGCCUUGCGGGUAACUUUGCGGUCGGGAGCACAUCGGCAGCUGGUCCUAGUAAUGUCAAUCAUUCUUGCGGAAGCAUCAUCUCCCGGUCGUUUGCGACGUCCGCGCGAAGUCACAACGAGAAUCGUCGCCACGGUUCUACGUCGCUCAACGCGGCUCAUCUCACUCAUCCAAGCAACAUCUCCAAUAAUGUCACCGAUACUAGCAACAAUCAAUUGAUUUUGACUAAUGCAACCGGCGCGAACAACGCUAAUAGAAAUCCGGGUUUCUCCGAGCCCCUCGGCACCGUCACCUUGGCCGAUCUACGCUGCGCCAUCUUACCUUCGGUGAUUACUUUGAUCAUAGGCGUGAGCUUCAUAGCAACCAUCAAGAUUUAUUCUGGCCAGGCAAGUCUGGAAGUGAUCGCGCUUUUCGCAUUUUUCGUAUUUCUGCUAUCGGUAUGCUUUGUUUUCGUCGCGUGUGUCAGAAGACAUUGUCCCCGCGGUCGAACGGAGCAGAACGCUCGCACAAUACAGGAGGAUCAUCUCGCCGCUCUGACAAACACGCAUCCCGGUGGCAUCAGUGAGUCUGUCGCCAGAACGACACUGACAACAGUGCCAACAACAACAACAACGGUAAGGCCGAGCGCGCCGCCGCCGCCUUAUCACAUUGCUAUUUUGAUGCCUCCGGAUGAAGCACCACCGCCGUCUUACGACAAGGUCAUACGAUGAAAAAUUGGUAACUACUAGAACUGGGGUAAUAUAAAAUCGAGACGAAAAAUUCUUUUCAAACUUCUUUCUUCAACAUUUUCGCGUCUGCGAACAGAGCGCGAUUUAAUUAUCUAGAAUUAGGCAACUUUUAUGUCUGUGAUAAGAGCGCGCAAUGAUAAUAUAUAUUGACGAGACGUCGAGAGUUAAUAGUUUGAAACAAAAAAAGAGAUCAGUACUAUUUUUUAGUUUGGAGCAUUGCGAAAGAAAGCAACAAACAAACUUAUGUUCAGUCAUUUCUAACGUUUCUACUUGUAAUAUCUCUUAUUGUAAAAGACUGUGUAAUAUAUUUUUAACUUAAGUUUAAUCGUCGAUUAACGCGUUUUUUUUGCAAACUCGACCAAUUUGUUCGUUCGUUUAUUCUAGUUUUCUUAUUAAAAUUGUUUUACGGCUGUUUUUUUUUUUGAGAAUUCGUAUUGUUUACGCUUGGUCACUUUGUUGACUUUACGAUCUCGCUGUUAAAAAAACGAGCAGAUCUAUUCUUGUUGCACACGUUCGCGAUAUUGAAAGAGAAAAAGCGCACAAAUUCCCGGCAUCCGGUUCAAAUUCAGAGAUGUCAAAUAUAUAAAAAAAUUUAAUUAAUUAAUUAAUUAAAAAAACAUACGGCUCGGUUAUUGAGAUACGCUGAUAAUAAUUUGGCGUGUUCAAUAAAAGGAGCGAUUUUUGCGCGAUAGUUUUCGAUCUUCAAACGGGGUUUAAACAUUCUCGUCUAUCUCUCACGUGUGUUCGUUAUUUCCGAAUAUUAAUACCAUUUGACGUGUACAGAUUGUAUAUUGGUGUUCCUGAGAUGUGCGGAGCACAAACACGUCUCGGGAUAUAGUUUGAUGUAUAAAACUAUGUCAGAAAACUGCAAGAUGUCGCGAUAAAAAAAAAUCUAAUGCUAUUUUAUACUUUCUUUCACGAAAUGCGAGAGGAAGAUGAAGGAAGAAAAGAAAGACGAGCGAGAGAAAGAAAGUGGGUCAUUCUUGUAAAUGAUUGUUUCACGUCGUGAUUCUAUAUAUUUAAAAAGAAAAGACAGCUAUACAUAUAUAUAUAUAUAAUGCAAUGUGAGAUCCCGUUUAUAAGUCUGUGACACAGUACUGUGAUGUUAUAAAAUUCAUUGUUCUUCCUAACUGCACUUGGGAAUAUAAUAAAGAAGCAAAACUUACGUUCUUUUUGUUACAAAAUUAAGUAAAAAAUGACAGAAAUUUUGUAUUUGAAUUUUUAUCUGUUUACUUUUUAAUAAAGGACGAGAGAGUUUUCGAUUGGCUUGUUUCCUGCGAAAGAAAAAAAUAGUAGAAGUGAAGAAUAUAAAAUUUUGCUUCUAUAUAUUCCGUUGUGUUCUCCGCCUUCGAAUAUUUGAAUAUACGUUUAUUUUGCGUUUUGAAACUAUAAAAGAUGCAAGAGAGUGCAGCUAAAGAGAACAGACGGAUCGAAGGUGUGUCUGUUUCUUUCUAUUCAAUUAUUACGUCACAGUUUAAGAAAAUCGCAGACAAUUUAUAUAUACUAUGCAAAGUUUCGUCCAAAAGGUGUGUUUUACUUAUCGGGUUUGUUUUUGUUAUCUACACUCAAUGAACUUUUGCAUGACGGAGGAGGAAAGGCCACGUUGGUUUCGUUAAGAGAAUGUAGAUAACAAGAGCAGAGAGAGAAUUUUCUUACAAGUACAAGUGCAGUACAUAUAUAUUAGUUUUUCGCGAAUGCGCGCGAAAUUGAUUUGAGUAUAAUUGAUUUUUAAAUAUACAUAAAUGAACAUGUUACAUAUAAUUCUUUGGUUUUACAGUCAUACACGCAAAAUACACGGCGAUAAAAAAUAAAUAAAAACUCUUCUGUGAAGAUAUUGCAAAAAAAAGUGAAUUUUCUAUAGCUUUAAUAUAUA